AUGUCGCUGCACGACGCGGCGCAGCCGGCGUGCCUUCUGCAGCUGCAGGAGGACGCGAAGGGGCCGACGACAGACACAACGCGGCAGUUGCUUCUCCAGCAGCAGAAGCAACUGCCGCGGUCGGCUCCGUGGGCACUGCGCCACAUUUCGCUGCACCCUGCCACCACUCACUGCGCGGCGCUUCGGCAGCUGCUCGGCGUCGCGGAGGAACGACGACGGCAGGCAUUCGGCGACGGUGACGCCGAGGUGGAGGCGCUGCGCAGCCGGCUGGUGGAAUGGCCACUCUCAACACUUACGCGAUGUGUGCCUGUCCUGCGAUUCGCGCGCGGUCUUGUGCGCGAGUGGAUAACCGCGGUUGCGGCGUCUUCCCUGCGGCAAAAACAACAACAACAGCAGCAGCAGCAGCCGCUGCGUUACCGACGGUUGUACAACAUCUGCUUGUGGCAGAGGCGGCACCCACUGUUCAUCCUAACCUCCGUGCUCGACGCGUUUAGCUCGCAGUUGUCUUGCGAGGAGAUCGACGACAUGUUGGAGGCACUCUCGCAGCAUCUCGCGGGACCCCUCAGCCGCAUUCCCCACCUGCUGCGGUGCGAUGUGCUCAUGACAUACCACAGGCUACCACUUACACAGCAGCAGCAGCUGAUGGAGGCCUUGCGGCCAGCAUACUCAACGGAGACAAGUCCUUCUCCACCGGCGCCGGCGCUGUACGUGGGGGGCCACGCGCGCACCGUGCCGCCACGAUUCGGGGAAAAGGAUCUGCGCGCGGAACAAUACGCGGAAUUGCGUCGGGCAUUCGAGUUGCACAAGCAGGCAGGUGUAAGGCGUCUUCUUUCAUGUGUGUCUUAA